AUGACACCGCUGAUCGUCUCGCAAGAAAUACCUGCAGUCUGGAUCCGCCUACUGCUGGAAGGAGAUGUGAAAAACGGUGUGUCUUCAGCCGAUGAAUUCUUUCACCAGAAGAUCCUGCGGGUCUCGUCCGGCAUCGACGACCUCGGCCGCAUUGAGUGGCCGGUUGUUAUCGUGACCUUCGUGGUCUUCGUCUUCCUCUUUUUCUGCGUCUUCAAGGGGAUUAAGAUUCUGGGGAAAGUCGUGUGGUUCACAGCGAUUUUCCCGUUUGUCAUGCUGUUCAUUCUGCUGAUACGUGGGGUCACACUUCCGGGAGCCACGGAUGGAAUCUACUUCUACAUCUAUCCCGAGUUUAACAGACUUAAAGAGAUGAAGGUGAACUAAAUAGCUAUAGUGUUGAAUAUUUAUA